AUGGGGAUCAUUAAAAAUUUAAAAGCUCAUUACCUUGGUCUACUGGUAACAUACGUUUUGAAAGCUAUUGAAGAUAAUUUAGUGAUUCCAUCUACAUGUGCUAUAGACAUCAGUUCUAAAAUAAACAUUCUACAAGCAAUACAAUUUGUCGCUGACAGUUGGAGAAAACUGUCAUCUGUUACGAUUCAGCAUUGUAUUGCACAUUGCGGUUUCAGACCACUGAUUGAUCUACCUAUUCUUCCUUUUGCUUCUAUUGAAAAUGACGUAGCGCAAUGUGUAGGAAAUGGGGAGCUAUUUUUAAAAAUCGAUGAUGGUGUGCGGUGUUUCAAUGAAAAUGAGAAUUACGAUAAUAUUCUUGAGGAAAUUGCUGAGAGAAGUCUGAAAAAUGAAGAAAGUGAUGACGAUGACUAUGUCCAACCCGUCAAAAUUACAACAAGAGAAACAGAAAAGUGCAUUGAUCAAAUGAGACUAUAUUUCAUGCAAAACGGAAACGAAAAUGUCUCAACAACUUCGCUAGACGUUUGUGCAGAUUUUGUCCAUAAGCAAAGUUUUAAUGAAUUACAGCAAAGAAGAUUGGACGAUUUUCUGUAG